GGGCGGCCAGCGGCCGUCGGGGCGCGGCGCGGCGGCCGGAGGGGGCGGUGGCGGCGAUGGGGGCUCUCCCGGCGCUGCUGGGGGCCGCCUUGCUGUGGGCCGGCGCCGGGGCCCUCGUCAACCUCAAGUACUCGGUGGAGGAGGAGCAGCGGGCCGGCACGGUGAUCGCCAACGUCGCCAAGGACGCCCGGGACGCCGGUUUCGUGCUGGACCCCCGGCAGCCCGCCGCCUUCCGGGUGGUCUCCAACUCGGCCCCCCACCUGGUGGACAUCAGCCCCGGGUCGGGGCUGCUGGUGACCAAGCAGAAGAUCGACCGGGACCUGCUGUGCCGGCAGAGCCCCAAGUGCGUCAUCUCGCUGGAGGUGAUGUCCAGCUCCAUGGAGAUCUGCGUGAUCAAGCUGGAGAUCAAGGACCUCAACGACAACGCGCCCAGCUUCCCCACCGACCAGAUCGAGCUGGAGAUCUCGGAGACGGCCAGCCCCGGCACCCGGGUGCCGCUGGAGAGCGCCUACGACCCGGACUCGGGCAGCUUUGGCGUGCAGAGCUAUGAGAUCACCCCCAACGACCUCUUUGGGCUGGAGACCAAGACGCGGGGCGAUGGGUCCCGCUUUGCCGAGCUGGUGGUGGAGAAGAGCCUGGACCGGGAGACCCAGUCCCACUACAGCUACGUGAUCACGGCGCUGGACGGCGGUGACCCGCCCAACUUUGGCACGGUGGAGCUCAGCAUCCGCGUCAUCGACUCCAACGACAACAACCCGCUCUUCGAGGAGCCGGCCUACACCGUCAGCGUGCCUGAAAACGCCCCGCCGGGUACGCCGGUCAUCCGCCUCAACGCCUCCGACCCGGACGAGGGCACCAACGGCCAGGUCCUCUACUCUUUCCACAGCUAUGUCUCCGAGCGGGCCCGGGAGCUCUUCCAAAUCGACCCCCAGAGCGGCCUCAUCACGGUGAGCGGUGCCAUCGACUACGAGGAGGGUCACGUCUACGAGCUGGAUGUGCAGGCCAAGGACUUGGGGCCUAACUCCAUCCCUGCCCAUUGCAAAGUGACCAUCAGCGUCCAGGAUGCCAACGAUAACCCGCCCCUCAUCAACCUGCUCUCUGUCAACAGCGAGCUGGUGGAGGUGAGCGAGAACGCCCCGCCGGGGUACGUCAUUGCCCUGGUACGGGUCUCGGACCGCGACUCCGGGGCCAAUGGGCGGGUGCAGUGCAAGCUCCUGGGCAACGUGCCUUUUCGGCUCCAGGAGUACGAGAGCUUCUCCACCAUCCUGGUGGACGGGCGGCUGGACCGGGAGCAGAGGGACCAGUACAACCUCACCAUCCAGGCCAAGGACAAUGGCGUCCCCUCCCUGCAGGCCACCAAGUCCUUCACCGUCAAGAUCACCGACGAGAACGACAACCAUCCCCACUUCUCCAAGCCCUAUUACCAGGUCAUCGUGCAGGAGAACAACACCCCGGGGGCCUACCUCCUCUCAGUCUCGGCCAGGGACCCUGACCUGGGCCUCAACGGCAGUGUCUCCUACCAGAUCGUGCCCUCCCAAGUCAGGGACAUGCCUGUCUUCACCUACGUGUCCAUCAACCCCAACUCUGGAGAUAUCUAUGCUUUGAGGUCCUUCAAUCACGAACAGACGAAGGCCUUUGAGUUCAAGGUCUUGGCAAAAGACGGGGGUAAUCCCUCUCUGCAGAGCAAUGCCACCGUCAGGGUGAUCGUCCUGGACGUCAAUGACAACACGCCCGUGAUCACGGCCCCGCCGCUGGUCAACGGGACCGCGGAGGUGUACAUCCCCAGGAACGCGGGGGUCGGCUACUUGGUGACGGUGGUCAAGGCAGACGACUAUGACGAGGGUGAAAAUGGCAGACUUUCCUACGAAAUGGUGGAAGGAGACAGAGGAUUUUUUGAGAUAGACCAGGUCAAUGGAGAGAUAAGGACCACCAGAGCCUUUGGGGAGAACGCAAAGACAGCCUACGAGCUGAUCGUGGUGGCUCACGACCAUGGAAAAACAUCUCUCUCGGCUUCUGCCUUGAUUUUGAUAUACCUGUCUCCGGCCCUGGAUGCCCAGGAGUCCAUAGGAUCUGUUAACCUCUCCCUGAUUUUCAUUAUUGCCCUGGGGUCUAUCGCAGCCAUUCUUUUUGUCACUAUGAUCUUCGUGGCAGUCAAGUGCAAAAGGGAUAACAAGGAAAUCAGGACCUAUAACUGCAGAAUCGCAGAAUACUCCUACGGGCAUCAGAAGAAAUCAAGCAAGAAGAAGAAAAUCAGCAAGAAUGAUAUCCGCCUGGUACCGCGGGACGUGGAGGAGACGGAUAAAAUGAACGUUGUGAGCUGCUCCUCUCUCACUUCAUCCCUCAACUACUUCGACUACCACCAGCAGACCCUGCCGCUGGGCUGCCGCCGCUCUGAAAGCACCUUCCUCAACGUGGAGAGCCAGAACAACAGGAACGCCGGCUCCAACCACAUUUACCAUCACACCUUCACGGGGCAGAGCCCCCAGCAGCCCGACCUCAUCAUCAACGGGAUGCCGCUGCCGGAGACUGAAAACUACUCCUUUGAUUCCAACUACGUGAACAGCAGAGCUCAUUUAAUAAAAAGCAGCUCCACGUUCAAGGACUUGGAGGGGAACAGUCUGAAGGACAGCGGCCACGAGGAGAGCGACCAGACGGACAGCGAGCACGACGUGCAGCGGGGCCUCUACUGCGACACGGCCGUCAACGACGUGCUGAACACCAGCGUCCCCUCCAUGGGGUCCCAGGGCCCCGAGCAAGAUCAGAGCGAAGGAUUUCAUUGCAGGGAGGAGUGCCGCAUCCUGGGCCACUCGGACAGGUGCUGGAUGCCCCGCGGCGCCGUCCCCAGCCGCGCCAAAUCCCCCGAGCACGGGAGGAACGUCAUCGCCCUCUCCAUCGAGGCGACGGCGGUGGACGCGGAGCCUUACGCAGACUGCAGCACAAAAAGGACCUUCGCCACCUUCGGCAAGGAGGGCGGCGAGCCCCUCGCCGACGAGCGGCUCGCCAACGCCAAAGGCAAAAGAACGGUGGACCCGGCCGCCUGCAGCCCCAAGGUGAGCGGUGCCGUCCGCGAGGCGGGCAACGGCUGCGAGGCCGUCAGCCCCGUCACCUCGCCCCUCCACCUGAAGAGCCCUUUGUCCGGCAAGCCGGUGGCACCGUACGGCGCCGGGCACUGCGCCGGCAACCGGGAACGGGAGCCCUUUGGGAACAGUGGCCCUUCCCGGCCGACGGAGGCAGAGCCCCGGGGGGCGGACAGCGAGAGCGGCGGGCAGGAGGGUAACCCGCUCCUGCAGGAACGCCGGGAAAAGGACUCGCCCGGCGCCCGGAGAUUAAAAGACAUCGUCCUCUGAGCGGCACCCGGCGAGAGAGGAGGAGGAGGAGGAGGAGGAGGAGGAGGAGGAGGAGGUGGAGGAGGAUGAGGGACCGCACGACUCCCAGCGCAGAUUGUUUUUAUCGCUUACCAAUGGUUCACAGAUUGCUGUAUUUAAAAGCUUUCCCUAAAUGUAUUGUUUAUAAAUGAAGCUAUCGUUAAUGUGACAAUCCCACUUGUCUCAACAGGCAGCAGGGGUGUGCAGCCGGAGCAAAGUAGCUGGUGAUUUGCUUUUGCCGGGAGGCGGUGGGUGGCGGGGGGGUGGAGGCGAGACCCCCCUGGUCCUCAGGAGCGCUCGGUAUCCCCUCCUCGGAGUUUAUAUAUUUUUAUAUCUCAAAACGAAGAUAAAUUUCCAUUCCUGGAAAGAAUCGAAUGGCAAAUUCCUUAUUCGGACAUCUUUGGUAAUCACCCCGGUGGUUUUGUAGUCUAGACAAAAUAGCGGCCAUUUCUUGUGUGCGACUGUUCAAAAUGACAGUCGGGUGAGUUUUAAUAUUCACCCAACACGAGGUUGUUUGUAUCUGAAGAUGUUGCUAUUUUGCUACGGACACCCCUGCAUUUAUGAAUCCUUUUGCUGUCACAUGCUUAUCUGUACUAUUAUUGUAUUUGAUAUUGCAAAUUACUGUAUGUCUAGUGAUGGCAAAAGGCUUUCAAGCUUAAAAAAAAAAAAAAAAAAAUCACAGUCAUCUUACUUAAACUUUGGGGAACCUGCAGUUUUCAGACCUGGUGGAGCAAGCGCUUCUUCCAGCCCCCACCAUCGCCUGCGGCCUCCCCCGGCUCUUGCAGGGCAGUGACAGGGCAUUACGGGAAGACGUUUUGGGGAAAAUUCUGCCUGGAUUGCAAUUGUUGGAUGCACUGUACUGAACUUUUUCCCUCAUCCGUUUCUUUUGCAUAAUUUCAAGGCAAUGCAUGGAAAGUUUUUCUGGAAGUUGGUUGUUUUGGGUUUUUUUCCACUUCCUAGAUUUAGAUAUCCCCCGUCUCCAAUCAUUUCCAAGUCAAAGUGAUGGAAUUAUUUAAGACAUCUAAAUUACCUUCUCAAUUAGACACACAGGGUUCCAAGUCAGCAUUUCCCAGUCACGAUGAUGCCAAGUACGUGUGUGUAUGUAUGUCAUCAUGGCACGGACUUUAGACUGUUCUGAUUUCUUUCUAUCCCUGCAUCAUAAAUAAGUAUGGAAUGAGCAAUAGUGAUGUUAAUUUAGGGGCAGACAGGUGAUAUGUAACAACACUACUAAUUCAAUUAAUGUGCCUUCUUAAUGGAGAAAAAAUUAAAGCAAUUCAUUAUUUUUUCUCAUAAUUAAGGACUUUGUGUGGGUACAAAUUUACUCAUAUAAAAUUGAUUUUAAAAUUGAGCUACUUUAAUAGCCAUUUUGUAGAAGGGAGAGAGGGAAGAGGUUUCACAGCUCUCUGCUCUCUUGCAGUGAUAAUUCCUCAGUGAGGUAUGAGUAAGGUAGGAGGAUUUCAGUUAGCAUAUUAUUAUGUUUAUUAUUAACCCUUCACCGGACAGAUUUUCCUACCGUAAAUAAUGUUUCCUAGAAUUUAAAAUUGAUUAUGGAAGGGAAAAUAUAUAGCUCUUGCCAAUGUUUGCUGUACCAGCAAGUUGAAAUUAGUGGUUUAUAGAGAAAUAGUCUUUCUAGGUCUACAUAUCAUGAUAAAAUAUUUGUUACUUUGAUUUAUUUAAAUUAAAAACAUCAACAAGAAAACAAGCUCCAGUCAUUAUUAUCCUCAAAAUAAAAUUAAGCUCCAGCCAUUUGUUUCUUCAGGGCAAAUUGAUCCUGCCUGAAGCCGUAGCCGGUCCGAGACAGGUCCGCAGUCAGUCUGUUCCCCCUGCCACUUGCUAGGGCCAGGAAUUGGGAGAGAACCGACAAAAGACAGUCGUCUUAACGAAAUUUGUGACGCUUCCCUCGCUGGUGUUGAUGACUACCUCAUUCAGCUCCCAUCCCACACAUUAACGUGAUGUCCUGCAUCCCUCCGGAAAGCGAACUAGGGAUUUUCCCCUCUGUUCUGGAGUUUGAGCCCAUUUUUCAGGGAUAUGUUAUUUCUGUUCCUGCAGUAUUUCCUGCCUGCGUACUGUUACUACUGUCAUUUAUUUCUGUUUUUUUUUUCCCCAAAUGUGUGUAUUAUUAUAACACAAGCAAAGAAGAAAGGGGCUGGCUUGGGGCUGUUGGAGUAACUGGAUUUUCUGUAACUGUCAGGCUGGGUUUAUUCUGACAUUACCUGUUUUUGUCAGCUCUGGGUGGUUUUUGGGGGGGAAGCUUCUCGUAGCGACAGAGCCUGCGAUGCCCCGUCUGUCAGAUCCUCUUGGCUUCGCAGGGCAACGGCCCCAUCGUCCACCCCCCACCUCCGGCAGGAUCAGACCCGUCUCCCCCCAUUGCCCAUCGCAGGGAUGGGGACCGCGGGUCCCACCCCGUCCCCGGGCACCCCACCAUCAUCCCCAGCUGCCCGAAAAGCGCUGGCUGUUAAUUUCUGCUGAGCGUUGCCCUCUGCCUGCAGAGCUGCCACCACCACCAGCCCGGCGUUUUGGAUGAAAAAUAGAUGCUAACUGAAAAGGAAGAAAGAAAAAAAAAAAUAAAAUAGAAACAUUUCUCUAAUUUACCCAGAGGAAACGUUCCUUGCCACUCUGAAUAAAAGCACAGCCGAGAAGGAAUGUGAAAUAAUUCUGUAUUAAAAGGGGGCAUUAAAGAGGUCAGUAAACCCUUAUGCCUCCAAGAAAAUCGUUUAAACACCAGUUUUCUGGGCUGACCCGGGCUGCAGCCAGGGAUGCUGAGCGAGCGGCCCUUUCCUGGCACGUCCUCGCUGCGCGGGGCCGAGGGGAGAGCCGGAGAGCGGCCCCGGCUCUGCCGCCUUGUCCCUCUCCUGAAUAUUUUGCUACUCCUGUCACUGUCCCUCUGUGUCACUUGAGAUGAGUUCAGGGCUCCUGGGCAAAUCGCAGUCUGUCUUGGUUUUUUUUCCUAGUUGCAUCAAAACUGGCCAUGCAAAAACGUUCAAGGCUGCAGGGUGGGCGGGCGGGGGAGGGUUUGGGAGGGCUCCAGAUGUAAUUAUUGUGCUUUUUAAUAACUUCAACCUGUCCUCAGAUUUGGUUUAGGAAAAAAUCGCUGGGAUCUGUUGGUUUCCUUCAGGCAAACUUGCUCUGCUCCCCUGUUUAUCCCCCAUUUAUCCAGGAGAGCAGCACCCACCACCGAUUCUCCCCCGAGCGUGAGGAGGACCCCACCUGGAGCAGCCCCGGGGCUGGGGACCCGGAGGGAUGAACCCACCCUGUGCUGGCCCAGGGACCCUUCCCUGCUCCCUGGGGAGCUCCUGGCCUUUCCCACCCUCGGGGCUGCAGGGCUGCGCCGGGAGGGAUGAUGGAGGGCUGGGGGGGGACGACCGACGGCUGGAAAAAUACCCCCCGAGCACCAUCCUGCUGAGGUUGUUGCCGUUCCCUGUUUGUUGUGAAGCUGGAGGUGGCCUGUGGAUCACACGUUGUGCAGAAGUGAAUUCCUUUUUUUUUUUUUCAAAUAGGAAACAAGUUGCUUUUGUAAAGAACACACUGUCUGAUGAAUAUGUUGAAAUUAUUCUUGGGGGAAAAAAAAAAAUCUAAUUAUGAAUGGAAACACAUUUGUCUGUCAUUGGGGAAAAUUGAUGAUCUUGUUGCUACAGCUGCUCUCGCAGCUAUGGGUAAUCUCUGAUCCAACCUGUGAGUUGCGGUACCCGUUGGGGAGAAGCCCAGCCGACCCCGCUGCGAGCACUGCUGAGACGGAUCCUUUAUCGGCAUCAGCUGAUGUUCAGCUGAUCUAAGCUGGGAUAUAACCUUCAAACGCACCUAACGCAAACUGGUUUUCAGCAGCACGCGCCUCCUUGCAGGGCGGCAGGUACGAGCCGCGGGUCUCGCACCGUAACACCGGUGCCGUCCCAUCGCGGGAAGAGCCGGCGGCGGCACCGUCGCCGCUCGCCUGCCGGCAGCGGGCAGGGCUGCCGCGGGACUGAGCGCGGUACGUCUCGUCAUGGUGUCUCCGUUGCCGAGUAUAUGAAGAAUAAAUUGUUGUAUAUGCUGAUAUGUAUGUUAUGUACAUUUUCACAGUGAUUGAAUCAUUGUAAACAACAAAACGGAAAAAGGAAAAAAAAAGAAUCACCAUUCUGUCUAUUUUAUGAAGAUGAUAAAGCAGCUUUAUUAAAUUAUUACGAUUCUGUUUCAAAAUGGUGUACCUGCCACGUUGGGUUUUUUUCAUCUGAUGCGAACUUUGUUUUCCACCUAAAUGUGAUUUUUUUCUUUUCUCUGCUUUGAGCAUCUAAUGCAUUUUAGUAUUAAAGCAAUUAUUGAAUAAAAUGGAAAGUAAGUGUUUGGUUA